AUGGCUUUCUCUCUACUUUGCUUACCAAGCCAUACCCUGACAAUUUUUAUAUGUCUCAUACCAGCCAUCACCGUUCUAGUAUGGCUCCGUCAUCUUGCUUCAGACAUCGUAAUUAAGAGAGCUGGCGGUGCCCGGGCGCCUGUAUUAGCAGGCAACCUUCUUUCCGCUUCUAAGCUGUACUAUGAGAUUGGCAAGAGUCAAUAUCACAAUAGACUCGUCGAUUGGUGCACCGGCCAGCUGGAUAGCUUACCUCCUGGAAAAAGGACGUUUGCCGAGUUCAGUCUAACAGGCGCCAAGAGAGUCCUCAUCACCCGAGAACCAGAACAAAUCAAGGCGAUCCUAGCAACAAAUUUCUCCAACUUUGGCCAUGGGCCCAUGUGGCAUAAACUAUGGCAUCCCUUCCUUGGAGACGGCAUCUUUGGUGUGGAUGGACAGCUUUGGCACGAUAGCCGCAGCAUGAUCAGACCAAUAUUCUCCAAAGACAGGCUGCGCAAUUUGGCCAUCUUUGAUACGUGCACCGACAAACUGCUCUCCAAGAUUCCCUCUUCUGGAGGCACUGUUGACUUGAAGGACCUAUUCUAUCGCUGGUCAUUGGACACCACGACUGAGUUUCUGCUUGGAGAGAAUGCGGGCAGCUUGGAUUUUCCAGAUAACAAAGUUUUCAAUGCGAUACAUACUGUCCAGCGUAUGCAAAUGUAUAUCUUUGUCCUCAAUCCCAUUGCGCCAUUGAUCCCCAAAGGUGAAUAUUACCGAGCAAUCAAAAGAAUAGAGGAGUUCAUCGAGCCAAUCAUUGCACGGACUCUGGCUAUCUGCCCGACACAACUCCAACAACUAUCCAAGUCUGAUUUGGAAUUCUCCUUUCUACACAGCAUCGCCAUCUACACUAGAGAUCCCAAAUUAAUCCGAGACCAAAUCAUGUCUGUGCUGUUUGCCGGAAGGGACACCACGGCAGCAACCUUAUCAUGGGCAAUGUACGAAUUGUCAAAUUAUCCCCAUAUGUGGGCUAAACUGCGCAAAGAGAUCUUGAACAAACUUGGGCCCCAGGCAGCGCCCACGUACGAGGUACUCAAAAAUCUCACAUAUCUUAAAAAGGUCCUCAAUGAGACCCUUCGGCUUCAUCCAGCGACCCCCCUCAACAUGCGCCAAGCUCUGGAGACCACAACCAUCCCUGGGAGACCUGGCGAGGCUGACAUUGUUCUUCUCAAGGGAGACAGCGUAACAAUAAAUGUGCUCGGCAUGCACACUUGCGUGGAUUUAUACCCACCUACUUCUGAGAAAUUUGCAGACUUGAAGAUAUUCAGCCCUGAGCGGUGGGAGCAUUGGACACCCAAGCCUUGGACGUACAUUCCAUUCUCUGGAGGUCCUAGGAUCUGCAUCGGCCAGAAUUUUGCCCUGACCGAAAUGGCAUUUUGCUUGGUGCGCCUUGCGCAGCAGUAUGAAAGGAUUGAGUAUCGCGGUGAUUGGGCAGCACAGAAGCUACAGGUAGAUCUCAUUGGGACACCUGCUUUGGGAGUUCCCAUGGCAUUGUACAAGCCUGGCGAGGUACCAGAUCCGUCAUUCAAGUAUCAUAUUAAUUAGAAAGUUGAUUCCAAAAGCUAUGUGCCUAACCCUAUAUCGUAAAAAUAGCAAUAAACG